GCCCAGGUAGUAAAACAGAAAGUAACUUAUCUGGGUUACGAGGUCAGUGCUGGACAACGUACCUUGGGCCAAAGCCGGAAGGAGGCAAUAUGCCAGACCCCAAAACCUCAGACUGUAAAGGAACUACGAACUUUUCUGGAGAUGACAGGGUGGUGCAGGUUAUGGAUCUAUAACUUUGGACUGUUUGUUAAGCCCUUAUAUGAACUGAUUGCAACUGAAAGCAGGAACAUCCAAUGGACAAAGGAAGCUACGCAAGCUUUCAACCAGCUGAAAAAAGCCCUCAUGUCAGCUCCAGCCCUGGGAUUGCCGGAUCCUCCUUCCUCAGUAGAAACCAAGGGGAACCAGUGGAACAUGACUGCCUGGAGACCAUCGAAGCCACCUACUCCAGCCACCCUGACUUGAAGGACACCCCUCUCGAGAAUGCAGAAGUCUGGUUUACUGAUGGAAGCAGUUAUAUCAUCAGUGGAAAACAGCACACCGGGUAUGCAAUUACGACGUGCAAGGAAGUAAUAGAAUCUGGGCCCCUGCCAACAAAUACCUCUGCGCAGAAGGCCGAGAUAAUUGCUCUAACUCGGGCCCUAGAAUUGGCAAGAGGGAAAGAAAUAAACAUAUACACGGACUCAAAGUAUGCAAUUGGAGUAGUGCAUGCUCACGGAGCCAUUUGGAAAGAGAGAGGACUGCUGAACUCUCAAGGGAAAAAUAUUAAACAUGCAUCAGAAGUGCUGCAACUUCUAGAAGCAGUCCAGUUGCCAGAGAAAGUAGCGAUCAUGCACAUUAAGGCACAUCAGAAGAUAAACUCAGAAUUGGAAGAAGGAAAUGAGCUGGCGGAUAGGGAAGCAAAAGAAGCAUCAAGAAUUGAGGUAAUAACUGAGGCAGCCCUGAUUCCAGACGGGCAAAUUUCCCCUGAAGGUAAGCCAAGAUACAACAAACUAGAAAAAAAAUUCAUCUAUGAGCAAAAAGGAGACUAUAACCAAGAGGGAUGGGCCACCAUAGAAGGAAAAUUAGUUAUACCCUCCAAUUUAUUAUGGUCCCUAAUAAGGGAAGAACACCAGAAAACCCAUUGGGGUAUUGAUGCUCUAUAUAAAUAUCUAAGUGAAAGGAUCAUAGCUAGACAUUUACGAGCAACUAUUACCUAAGUGACUCGACAAUGUGACCUUUGCCUCCAGACCAAGCCCAAAAAUACUCCCAAACCAAAACUUGGCCAGAUUGGGAAGGGUCAUGGGCCGGGGCAGCAAUGGCAGAUUGAUUUCACAGAAUUACCAAGAAAAGGGGGGUAUAAGUUUUUACUGGUGCUAACAGAUACCUUUUCAGGAUGGCCAGAAGCAUUCCCCACCAGGA